GGCAUCAUGGGCAGAAACCCAGUUGGUAUGUUUCAGUUAUCAUUCAUGUUCAUUUCUUGCUUUCUUACUUUGUUUUGCCAUGCAGACAAUGUAAUCACACAAGGCCAAUCCAUAAAAGACGGCCAAACCCUCAUAUCAGAUGGUCAGAACUUCGUACUGGGAUUCUUCAGCCCUGAAAAUUCAUCAUCAAGGUACGUUGGAAUAUGGUAUGACAACGGCAUUCCCGAUCUAUAUUCAGUCAUUUGGGUAGCAAACAGAGAAAGACCAAUAUCGGAUAAAUCGGGGGUGCUAAGGAUCGGAGAUGAUGGCAAUUUAAUGGUUUUCGAUGGAAAAAAUGAUGCAAUAUGGUCAAGUAAUGCUUCUAUCACAUUAAAGAACACGACAGCAGAACUGGAAAGUACAGGAAAUCUCAUCCUCUUUCGCAGUGAAGAUAAGGAAACUGUUUACUGGCAGAGCUUCAAUGACCCGACCGACACAUAUUUGGCUGGCAUGAGACUGGCAGUGAAUGCUGAAAUGGGUGAGACUCAUCCUUUCACUUCAUGGAAAUCUGCCAAUGAUCCUUCACCAGGGAACUACUCCAUGGGAGUAGAUCCUCGUGCCUCGCCACAGAUAUUGAUAUGGGAGGGAAAGGAAAGGCGCUGGAGAAGCGGAUACUGGGAUGGACGAAUAUUUUCAGGUAUAGCAAAUAUGACAGGUAAUUAUUUGUAUGGUUUUGCACUUUCUGAUAAAGUGAAUGGAAGCGGGAAUUUUACUUAUACCCCGCCGAAUAAUAAAGAUAAGUUGAGAUUUCGGAUAACAUGGGAUGGAUAUGAAGAGCAGUCAAGAUGGGUUGAAGAUAAUGGGGACAAAAUGUGGAGUGUUAUUCAAUAUCAGCCGGCCAACGUUUGCGAGCACUAUAACAAGUGCGGUGCUUUUGGGAUUUGUAGUGCAGUGGAUUCACCAAUUUGCCGUUGUAUGAAAGGGUUUGUUCCAAGGUACGCAGAUCAAUGGAGUAGAGGAAACUGGUCAGGUGGAUGUAUCAGGACGACUCAGUUAAAUUGUCAGAGCAAAUUGUCGGAGGAAAAUGAUGAUGGAGAUGGGUUCUAUAAAUUACAUUUCAUGAAGUUGCCAGAUUUUGCAGAUUUGGUGACGCUCAAUAAUUCUGAUGAGGCUUGUGAGGAAAGGUGUCUGCAAAACUGUUCUUGUACAGCGUAUGCAGUUAUUACAGGGAUUGGGUGCAUGAUAUGGAAAGGGGAUUUGGUUGAUGCUCAGCACUUUCCUAAAGGAGGUAAUAGGAUGCAUAUCCGACUUGCGAAUUCCGACUUACUAGGUGGCAAGAGAAAAUUAUCCACCCUUAAGGUUAUAAUAAUUGCUGUGGCUGGAGUAUUGGGCCUAGGAGUACUAUUCAUACUCUUGUUGUGUUGGCUCAAAACAAAACUGAAAGUUUUGGCCACAGUUUUCUCGAAUCUUGCAUGUUGGAGGUGCGGUCAUGACAUACCAAUUUUGGAACAAAGCAGAAGUAGAGAAUCAUCUCCAAGAUUUUCAGGAUCUGUUGAUCUUUCCGCUGAAGGAGAUCAAGCAAGUAGUUUGCCGGAACUACCAAUUUUCAAUUUCAAUUGCCUACAAAUUGCUACGAGCUACUUUUCUGAAGAAAACAAGCUCGGGGAGGGGGGGUUUGGUACAGUCUAUAAGGGGAAGCUUCAGGGUGAACAGGAGAUAGCUGUAAAGAGGCUUUCAAGAAGAUCUGGUCAAGGUUUGGACGAGUUUAAGACAGAGAUUAUACUUAUUUCCAAAUUACAACAUAGAAAUCUUGUCAGACUAUUAGGCUGCUGCAUUCAAGGGGAAGAAAAGAUGUUGAUAUAUGAAUAUAUGCCAAACAAAAGUUUGGAUUACUUUCUUUUUGACACAACCAAGCAAGCACUACUAGAUUGGAGGAAACGUUUCACAAUUAUUGAAGGGAUUGCAAGAGGACUCCUUUAUCUUCAUCGAGAUUCGAGGCUAAGAAUAAUACACCGCGACCUAAAAGCCAGCAACAUUUUGCUUGAUAAAGACAUGAAUCCAAAGAUUUCAGACUUUGGCAUGGCUAGGAUAUUUGGGGGAAACCAGCAUGAAGCCAAUACAAACCGAGUGGUGGGAACCUACGGCUACAUGUCUCCUGAAUAUGCAAUGACAGGUUUAUUCUCAAUGAAGUCAGAUGUCUAUAGUUUUGGGGUACUAUUACUAGAGAUUGUGAGUGGUCGAAGGAACACUAGCUUUCGUUUAUCAGAAGACUCGAGCCUUAUUCAACAUGUAUGGCAUCUUUGGAGUGAAGGAAAGGCAAUGGAGCUCGUUGAUCCUUCUAUUCGAGAUUCAUGUUCCGAAGAUGAAACAUUGAGAUGCAUUCAUUUGGGGAUGCUCUGUGUCCAAGAUUCUGCAGCUCAGAGACCAACAAUGUCAUCUGUUGUAUUAAUGCUAGAGAGUGAAGCUCUAAAUCUUCCGUUACCCAGACAGCCUACUUUCACUCCAAUGAGGGGCAACUCUAUAGAUUCAGAAUCCCAUAUCGAAGGCCAUGGAAAUGCAUCCUUAAACAACUUAACAGUAACAGUGGUCUUCGGAAGAUAGAGUAGCUUUUAUCUUUUCUUUUGCUCCAAAGUGGUACAAAUGCAGCGAGUAUAGUUUUUGUUUUCAACUCAGUUUUCUUAACUAACCAAUGUAUAUCAGAUUCCUAUUUGGAAUCUAAUAAGCUGAUGAGUGAUGUUUCUAUGAAUUAGGAUAUGGGUUAGACAAACACUCAUACAAAGUUAAAGGGGAAAUGAACAGAUCCAAUCGACCCAGGAAGAGCUUGAGGAGUGCACUAUCAGAUUCU